AUGACACGAGAAGAGUCUUUGCUGAUCAUAAAAAACUAUGCGGAAAAAAUUGAAAUUUUUUUGGACACACACACUAGGGCCGUUAAAACUCCACCGGCCAACCCGAGACUCCAUACCCGACCCGAAUAUACAAACAGUACCCAGAGUGCACCGAAAGAGGAACUAAAUCCCCAAAGCAAAGCUGAUUGUCAUCUUCAUUCAGCUCUACAAUCCCCUCAGUCAGGAGAAAGAGAGUUGGUGAUCGGAGCAAAUGGGAGGAGGCGAGCAUGCACACGGCGAGGGGGCCCACGGCGGAGACUUCAGGGCGAAGGUGUGGAGCAUGAGCGGUGGGCCCUACUGCAGGCCCAAGCACUGGAAGCGCAACACGGCGUUCGCCAUGUUCGGAGUCUUCCUCAUCUGCAUUCCCAUCGCCAUGAAAUCCGCCGAGCUCGAGAGGCUAAGCAUAGAAAAUUACUACUGAAUGUUGGUGGACCAGACAUGGUAUCCUGUGUUCAAAUGGCUGGGACGGUUGCUGAUAUAAGGGGAUUCAACCUCUCAUUAAUUAAAUCUGUAUCUGCAUCAUCGGUUGAUCAUGUAGUUGUGUCUCCUGCUGACAUAUCCAUGGAUAUAUCUAAGCUAGUUCAGACGCUUGGUAUUUCUCCAAUUUCAUUUGGAGAUUGUGUCGGAUUGACGGUUGAAUUGUGACGGGUGACCAAGUCUUGAUGCCAUGAACUCAUGAAGGUCUUGUAAAUUGCUUCAUUAUCGUAAUACUGAGGAAUACUCAUCAAUUUCACCCAUACUUAUUGAUUGGCGUAAAAAUGUUGUUAAAAA